AUGUCGAAGUUGAUGGAGGCUGGUGGGUUUCAACUCCAGAAAUGGUGCAGUAAUGGUCCUAAACUACUAGAUCACAUUGAAAGAGACAAGCAGAGAAUCGAUCAUUCAUUUAUUUUUAAGGCUAGCAAUAUGAUUAAGGUACUGGGAAUAACCUGGAAUAAAAUAUCUGAUAACUUCGAAUACUCCUACAACUUACCAGAGCAAGAGGAGCCAAUUACAAAACUUAAGGUGUUGUCAGAUAUAGCCCGGCUCUAUGAUCCU